AUCAAAGUGAGUUUAGGGCUGCGUCGAGGUCCGCCUCGAGCCGCCCGUUCACCAAAACAUUGCGCAAUCAACCACCUUGUUUGCUUACUUCCUUCUUCCUCCUCCUUCUUGCAUCAGUAAUCGAGCAUGUCAAUCACCAGAGAGUCGAUCUGGGCCGCCCUGCCCUCGACCAUCAAAGGCACACCGCUCCAUCUCUCCUACGAUCCCCGUACCAACCGUCUCGUCUAUCCGAGCAACAAAGCCGUCAUCCUCCGCUCUCUCUCAGAUCCCAGCUCAAGCACCCAGUUUACCGGCCACACCGCAUCCACCAGCGUCGCCAAGUUCGCUCCCUCGGGAUACUACAUCGCCUCCGGCGACGUCACCGGAAACGUCAAGGUCUUUGACUCCUCAUCGACCACCGAAGAUCCAGAGAUCGUCAAGGGCACUUUUCCUAUAAUCUCCGGUCGUAUCAAUGAUUUGACCUGGGACAGCGACAGUAAGCGGAUCAUCGCCGUCGGCGACGGAAAGGAGCGCUUCGGCCACUGCUUCACCUUCGACACCGGCAACAGCGUCGGCGAAAUCACCGGCCACGCGUCGCAAAUCAAUGCCGCAGACAUCCGUUCUGUGCGUCCGUUCAGAGCCGCGACGGCGGCCGACGACGCGGCAGUGGUGUGGCUCGCCGGCCCGCCUUUCAAGUUUGUCAAGGCUAUUCGCGGCGAGCACACCAGUUUUGUCACCGAUCUGCGGUUCUCGCUCGAUGGAGCUUAUGUCGUGAGUGUUGGAAUGGACCGUCGGAUUGUGAUUUACGAUGGUAAGGAGGGUGAUGUGUUGGCGCGCGUCGACGGAGCUCAUGAUGGUGGAAUUCUCUCGGUUGCCUCGGGCAAGAGCGAGGACGGCGCAUGCCGCUUUGCUACCGCCUCCACCGACGGCUCGGUGAAGUUGUGGGAGUUCAAGGAUUCGGCCGUCAGCGAGGUUUUCAAAUGGAAGGUUGCAGACGACCAUCUCUCUGGUGUCGUUUUCACUUCCACCACUACAGUAACCGCAGUCUCGCUGCCAGGUGAUAUCUACACGCUUUCGGAAUCGUCGGCCACGCCUUCCGAGACUCUCUACGGUCAUCAGAAAUCGAUAACGGCGGUUAGCGUCACUUCGGACUUGAAGAGCAUCUAUACGGCUAGUUAUGAUGGCCGAGUCGUGCAAUGGAACGCUGCUACGGGUGAGGCGAAACUUGUCUCUGGAAGCGGACAUAGCGGAUUGAUCACAAACAUUGUCGAGACCGGGGGUAAAUUCUACACUUCUGCCUGGGAUGACACUAUCAAGUCCUUCUCAGCCGAGGAGUUUACCUCUUCCUCGCUGUCGACUCCGGCCCAGCCGAAGAGUCUCACUGCUGCGGGAGAGUACCUUAUCCUCGCUACCGAGACCGCUGUGUACACUUACGACUUGAGCAUGAAGCAGGUUGCCUCAUGGAGCAGCUCCUCAAUUACCGCCGUCUCUGCAAACAGCUCCGUCGCAGCCGUCGGCUCGCAGUCCGGCGCCAUCACCCUUCUCUCCGUGCCCGAUCUCAAGCCUCUCCCGACCGCCAUCGCUCCCCUCCGCGCCGCCGUCAGCACUGUCUCUCUCUGCCCGCUCACCGACUCCGACGGCCGCCUACUCCUCGCCGCAGGCGACACCACCGGCAAGAUCGCCGUCAUCAACGUCACCGACGGGUCCGUCGUGACCACCCGCUGGGCGUUCCACACCGCGCGCGUGACCUCGAUCUCGUGGCGCGCGGACGGCAAGUACGUUGCGACCGGAAGUUUGGAUACGAACGUGUUUGUCUACAGCGUCGAUAAGCCGGCGAAGAAUGUCAAGACUUUGGGAGCGCAUAAGGAUGGCGUUAAUGCUGUGGCGUGGGUUGGGGAGGGUAAGAUUGUGAGUGUGGGUGCUGAUGCUUGUGUUAAGCUGUGGAACGUGGCUUUGUAGAGAUGUAUAGAUAUGUAGUUUUGUCUUCUUUUUGUAUUUCGACUUUUGAGUAAUAUACAAUCAGAACUAUCAGGAUAUCAAUUAGAUGUUG